AUGAAGAAUUUGGACACAUCACAGGCGGUGGAGAUUGUGGAGUGUAUGUAUUCCGUCAACUUUGCCACAGGCAAUACCAUCAUUCGGGAGGGAGAAAUGGGCUCUGUGGUUUACGUUAUGGAAGGUGAGUGUCGGAGUUGA